GGUCAUUAGUAGCGACACCGCGCGGUUGAACGCAAGCUCAACAGAGUGUUCAAUUUCAAUGGUUUAAUUGUCAGUUGGGCAAAAAGUGCACGUUACUAUAAUUACAACAAUAAAUAAAUGUAAAUAAAUGCCUUGCAACGAGAUAAAUGAUUGAUGAGACAAAAGAAGUUGAAUUCAAACAGAUCCGCGUGACGUGUGUGUAGUGAUAAUUUACUGUUGCGCAGUUUUUACAGCAAUUUACUUUAUAUUAUUUUUUAUUAUUGUUGCUAUUGCGACAACCGGCGGUUGGUUCCCCCUACGUACAAAUACAAAAAUGACAAAUAUGCGACCGCCGCAAAAAAAUAAACUACUCAAGGUCAUCAUAUUGGGCGACGGUGGUGUGGGAAAGUCGGCGCUACUCACACGCUUCGUAUCAAAUCGUUAUGAAGAAAACAAUUUCCAUACCAUUGGAGUGGAGUUCAUGAACAAGGACAUCACAGUCGACGGAGAAAAGUACACGCUGCAGAUAUGGGAUACAGCUGGACAGGAGCGUUUUCGUGCCUUGAGAACGCCCUUCUAUCGGGGCUCUGACAUUUGCUUGCUCUGCUAUGCCGUGGAUGAUCGGGAUAGCCUGCGAGGACUACGACUAUGGCGCAACGAGUUCCUCAACUAUGCGGACGUGAACGCAGACAGAUUUCCCUUUAUUGUGGUGGGGAAUAAGAAUGACAUUCGACCGGAUAAGCGACAAGUGGGACGCGAGGAUGUGCAACAGUGGUGUGCGGAGCAAUCGAUUGCCUCACACAUCGAGACCUCCUCGAAGACGGCGACCAAUGUGACGGACGCCUUCGUGCUUGGCCUGCGCCAAUGGAAGACAAUGGAGUGCGUAGCCGAAGCGGAGCAGCGACAAAAUGGCGACACCAUUGAUUUGACCCGUCCCAUUCGGCUGAUGCAACGUCGCAGUUGCUGCACCGGCGGUGGAGGGAGCGGUAAACCAACUGACGUCGUCGAUGCGGACGACGAUGAUGGGCAAAUUGCAGAUGCUGCCAUGCGUUCACCCUCCUCAAUGUCGCGCCACUUGUUUGGUCAGGCACGUAGUUCACCCAAGGCGCCAUCGAGCAAUUACCGUCUGUGAGCUCAGACUGCGUGAGUGGGGCAAGUUUGUUUUUUAUAUUUGUUGUUUUUACAUUAAAUACUUAGCCAGAGGCAAUAAUUACAUUCCAGUCGGGCUAAAUGAUAGUUCAGCCGAGUCAUAGCGCAGACCAAAUACACAUUAAGUCUAAUGUAGGAAACAGAUUCUGAGUUGAAGGCAAAUCGAAAGAUUAGCGAGUAAGUGUUCUCAUCACAGUAGAUAAGCUAAUUACAAUGUCUACAUAACAAUGGUACUUUUCUUGAGUAUGAAACUUGUAUAACAGUUUGAAAUUUGUUAACAUUGAAGAGUGGCAUGUAGCUGUGAAAGACAAGGUUUCCAAAAAUAUGCUGAAGAUGUGCUUAUUAAGCUAUACACCAGUAUGUGUAGAACACUUUAACUAUAUACUUAUUUAUAUAAAUGUUUACGGUCUUUAUAUGACAGUUGUGCCUUUCAAUCGGAUCAAUUGAGUUGACCAUUUUGUUUAUACUGCUUUAGCUAUUAUACAAUUUUUAAUGUAGUAACAGUAACUGGUAUACCAAAAAAAGAUUUAAAAUCGCGACAACAAAAUGUAUAUGAAGCUGUGGGAAAAACAUAGUUCAGACAAUUGAAGUGACAUUUUAAGUGUCUAUUAACAUAUAAUGUACACGAAACAAUGAAAGCGACUUUGAAUAAUGGUCUUGACAACAACAAGAGAUUUGUAUGUCUAAGUAUAAACACUUAAAUUGUAAAUUACACGCAUGAUGCAACUCAAAUAAAUUGGAGUCAAAGUU